CGGUUGGGGGAGGACAGCGGCAGCAGAGGCGACGAACGGUGGCGGGAGCGGCGCCGAGAGGCCGUGCGGGACGCGGGCCAGGAAGUGGGGACAGCAGAGAAGGUGGAAGAUAGCACCAUGCCAAUUCGUCGAGCUGUGAAUUCUACCCGGGGAACUCCUCUCAAAAGCAAGCUUGCUGAAGGGGAAGAAGAAAAGCCAGAACCAGACAUAAGUUCAGAGGAAUCUGUCUCCACUGUAGAAGAACAAGAGAAUGAAACCCCACCUGCUACAUCUAGUGAGACAGAGCAGCCAAAGGGAGAACCUGAGAAUGAGGAGAAGGAAGAAAGCAAGCCUUCUGAGGAAACCAAAAAGGAUGAGAAAGAUCAGUCUAAAGAAAAGGAGAAGAAAGUGAAAAAAACAAUACCUUCCUGGGCUACCCUUUCUGCCAGCCAGCUAGCCAGAGCCCAGAAACAAACACCGAUGGCUUCUUCCCCACGUCCCAAGAUGGAUGCAAUCCUAACUGAGGCCAUUAAGGCAUGCUUCCAAAAGAGUGGUGCAUCGGUGGUUGCCAUUCGAAAAUAUAUCAUCCAUAAGUAUCCUUCUCUGGAGCUGGAGAGAAGGGGCUAUCUCCUUAAACAAGCACUGAAAAGAGAAUUAAACAGAGGAGUCAUCAAACAGGUAAAAGGAAAAGGUGCUUCUGGAAGUUUUGUUGUGGUUCAGAAAUCAAGAAAAACACCUCAGAAAUCCAGAAACAGAAAGAAGAGAAGCUCUGCAGUGGAUCCAGAACCACAAGUAAAAUCGGAGGAUGUACUCCCACUGGCCUUUACUCGCCUUUGUGAACCUAAAGAAGCUUCCUACAGUCUUAUCAGGAAAUAUGUGUCUCAGUAUUAUCCUAAGCUUAGAGUGGACAUCAGGCCUCAGCUGUUGAAGAAUGCUCUGCAGAGAGCAGUAGAGAGAGGCCAGUUAGAACAGAUAACUGGCAAAGGUGCUUCGGGGACAUUCCAGCUGAAGAAAUCAGGGGAGAAACCCCUGCUUGGUGGAAGCCUGAUGGAAUAUGCAAUCUUGUCUGCCAUUGAUGCCAUGAAUGAGCCGAAGACCUGCUCUACCACUGCUCUGAAGAAGUAUGUGCUGGAGAACCACCCAGGGACCAAUUCUAACUAUCAAAUGCAUUUGUUGAAGAAAACCCUGCAGAAAUGCGAAAAGAACGGGUGGAUGGAACAGAUCUCUGGGAAAGGGUUCAGUGGCACCUUCCAGCUCUGUUUUCCCUAUUACCCCAGCCCAGGAGUUCUGUUUCCGAAGAAAGAGCCAGAUGAUUCUAAAGAUGAAGAUGAAGAUGAAGAUGAGUCAUCAGAAGAAGACUCUGAGGAUGAAGAGCCACCACCUAAGAGAAGGUUGCAGAAGAAAACCCCAGCCAAGUCCCCAGGGAAGGCUGCAUCUGUGAAGAAGAGAGGAUCCAAGCCUGCACCUAAAGUCUCAGCUGCCCAGCGGGGGAAAGCGAGGCCCCUGCCCAAGAAAGCCCCUCCUAAGGCCAAAACUCCAGCCAAGAAAGCCAGACCCUCACCCUCAGUCAUCAAGAAACCUGGUGGUGGCUCUUCAAAGAAGCCUGUAGCCAAUGUGAGAAAGGAAGUGAAAUUGCCUGGCAAAGGCAAAUCCACCAUGAAGAAGACUUUCAAAGCAAAAAAGUAAAUUUUAUAGGAAAAAAGGGUAUCGUGACAAAAUUAAAAAUCUUAUUUUCUAA